UUCACAUUUAAUUUGUACCGGUGAAUCCGUACCAGAGCGGGAUCAGCAGCGGGGCCCUAGGUUUCCCGACAGCGAUAUCGGCAUUUUGAAUCCGCUCUCGGGCAUUCCGCCACCGGCUGCAGAUCAUUGAAGCCCGAAGACUUGCGGCGAUAGCAACGAGGACGGUGAGCAAGAGCUGAGGAAGACGCCGCGUUCGCUCAGAUAUCAAGUUUUAUUACUUCAACUUGUCGACCAAGGGAUGGCUGCAUCAAUUACUGCUGGUCUGCAAAUGUUGGUCACAAGGAGGUCAACCUCCUCUUCUCGGAUGAUGCUACCAUCAACUGUAAUAUCAGAUACAAAAGUAACCAUCCAAACUAAAUUGUCAAGCUCAUUCAGUAUUUCCUUCGCCAAGCCUUUUCGCCAGAGCUUUUCAUCUGCUCCACGUAGAGACAAUAAUGUUGUCACAAGAGCCAUGUCAGAAGAAAAUGAUAAAAACAGUGUUUCAGGACUUCCUAUUGAUUUAAGAGGUAAAAGGGCAUUUAUUGCGGGAGUAGCUGAUGACAAUGGAUAUGGAUGGGCUAUUGCCAAGGCUCUUGCUGCAGCAGGCGCAGAGAUUCUUAUUGGAACAUGGGUGCCUGCAUUAAACAUAUUUGAAACUAGCUUAAGACGUGGAAAGUUUGAUGAUUCCAGACGGCUUCCAAAUGGCUCGCUUUUGGAGAUUGCUAAGGUUUAUCCCCUCGAUGCUGUGUUUGAUAGUCUUGAGGAUGUUCCUGAUUAUAUUAAAUCGAACAAGCGUUAUUCAGGUUCUUCAAAUUGGACUGUGACGGAAGUAGCUGAAUCCAUAAAGAAUGAUUUUGGAAGUAUAGACAUUCUUGUGCAUUCCCUUGCUAAUGGGCCGGAGGUGACAAAGCCUCUAUUGGAGACCUCCAGAAAGGGGUACCUUGCAGCUUUAUCUGCAUCCAGCUACUCCUUUAUAUCUUUACUUCAGCAUUUCCUUCCCAUAAUAAAUCCAGGGGGUGCGACAAUCUCAAUCACUUACGUUGCUUCUGAGAGAAUCAUUCCAGGAUAUGGUGGAGGUAUGAGUUCUGCAAAAGCAGCACUUGAGAGUGAUACGAGAGUACUAGCUUUUGAAGCAGGAAGGAAAAAGCAAAUUAGAGUCAAUGCAAUCUCUGCUGGGCCACUGGGAAGCCGUGCUGCGAAAGCCAUUGGAUUCAUUGAGAAGAUGAUAGAGUAUUCAUAUGUUAAUGCGCCAUUGCAGAAAGAAUUGUCAGCCGAUGAAGUUGGUGCCGUUGCGGCUUUCUUGGUAUCCCCGUUAGCUUCAGCUAUCACUGGUUCUGUAGUUUAUGUCGACAAUGGAUUAAAUACAAUGGGUUUGGCAUGUGAUAGUCCAUCUCUCUCAGUAUAAGAGAUAGAGGAAAAGCAUCAAAUGAUUUGAUUUGCAAGGAUUCCCGUCUUUUGUAAUCUCUUGCGGCAUUGCACUGAAUAAUAAUAGAGUAAGUUAAGUAGUUUUCAGAGGAUCUAGCUGUAUUGAUGAAUUAUAAAUGGUUCUUUUCAGGUGGUCUACCAAGUGAGAAAAUACAUUUGUUGAACCAAUUUGUCAGAUAUUUAUGUUAAAACAUGGGACAUGAUUGUAAUUCUAUAUUUUAUAUUGCUACUUAAACAGAACUAACGAAUACAUCAUUAUCAGGGUGUUAUCAGUCCUUAAAAAAUAUAUUUUGCACUUCAUUUGGUCA